GUUGUCGUUGAUAUGUGGCCGCAUUUGUACGUUUCGUGAUUGUUAGUGUUGCUCGUGCCCUCAUAUACGUGUGUGCGCGUGUGUGACGUCUGUAACGUUUGUGUCCGAUCCAGUGUUGUGCGCUGCGGUUUGCAUUGCUCCGGUCUGGCGCUCCUGUGCUGUUACUUGUUACAGUUGCGCUUGAUAUCUCCAAUCUCCACCUUGCAGUUAUUAAGGGCCCGCUUAUAUGUACGAUAACGGCACUCAUUCGCCUAUUGUGGUCGUUGGCGGUGAUUGCCCAUUUUGGCAGUGCAAUAGGUCGAUGAUUUCCCGAUGAGUAAGCUCGCACGGUGCGUACUGCGCAUACAGAUUGUGGUAUUGAUCAUUGCGGUCACGAGCCAUGGACGCGCGGCGCGACCGUGAGUCGGCGCGAACGCGGUGACGCUCCGGCAUGGACCGGUGCUUGGAGGUGCUCGUGCUGUGGCUCUCGAUACUCGUGGACACCAUCCUCGGGAAGAAGGCGCGUCGCAAGGAGCGCGAAGGCGAGCCGGCCGGCGACCCCAAGCUGUACCUGCAGGAAGCGCUGCUGGAACGCAAGCUGCCCGAGCUCGACAUGCGCCAGCUGGUCGAGCUGCCGCACGGGUUAGACUACAACGAGUGGCUCGCCUCUCAUACUCUGGCGCUGUUCGACCACGUGAACCUGCUGUACGGCACCGUGUCGGAGUUCUGCACGGCGGCGUCCUGUCCCGACAUGACGGGCCCCGGCGGGCGCACGUAUGCGUGGUACGACGAGCGUGGCAAGAAGUCCCGCGUGGCCGCGCCGCAGUACGUUGACUAUGUUAUGACCUACACGCAGAAGACCGUCAAUGACGAGACAGUUUUCCCCACUAAGUACGCGAACGAGUUCCCGCCGCAGUUCGAGAGCGUGGUGCGGCGCGUGGUGCGGCUGCUGUUCCACGUGGUGGCGCACAUGUACGCGGCGCACUUCCGCGAGCUAGCGCUGCUGCGACUGCACGCCCAUCUGCACCUCACGUUCGCGCACCUAACUGCGCUCGACCGCCGGUUCUCGCUGCUCGACCACAAGGAGACCGAGGUGCUGCGCGACCUGGAGGUGGCGCUGCGGCUGUCGGAGCCGGCGGGCGGCGAGGCGGAGGAGGCGUCGCCGCGGCGGCGCUCGCCGGUGGUGACGCAGCCGCUGGGCACGGCGUGACGCGCGCCCCCGCCGCCCCGCGCCCCGCGCCCCGUACUAACC